AAACUGCUGCUUGAGAACUUGCCUGGUCCUGCCUGGGCGUCACCAAGCCGACCCCCCACCCCCUUACCCCACCCUCCAUCACCGGUCGCGGGAAACUCAAACUGGCCACAGGGCCAAGAGCUGCAUCCCAAAUACGCCAGCCUUAACUGCCCAGACCCUCACUGACCCAUAGACCAUCCCAACCCAGCUGACCACUGGAGCCCCAGGCCUACCCAGAUGAACCCUGCUGGGCAGGAGCUUGCCAGAGGCCUCCUGUUUCGAGGAGUCGCUCCAGGUGACAUGCUCCCCAGUGGUUCCCCCAGCCCCAGCCUGCUGACUCACACCCACGCCCAGAGCCUCAUCCCAACCAACUCUGCUUCACUGGCCAGACUGGUUUGCCUGGCCCAGCCCUACCCAGCACCCCCCCCCCCCCAAUCCACCCUGCCCUUGCCCAGAAACCUCAGGAGCAGACUGAGAGCACCUGUCUGGCUGGAGCAGAGUUGGAGAGAGGCUUUGCUGAAGGACUUGGAAAGUGGCAGGGGCAUUGUUGGGGGGCGGUGAGGGCAGCAGUCAGGACUAUGGGGGGGGUGCCCUUUUUGGGACUUCCACGUGCCUGGGCCUGGGGUUUUGCUUCCAGACACAGGGGUAGAUAUGUCUGUUGGUUCUUGAUGAUGCCAGGCUAAGGUGUAUUUGCUGUUGGAAGACGAUGCUCAUUAAAACUGCUGCAUGUGCUGGCCUCGGAACCCGAGAGAUAGCCAACAGCUGCAUAGGAAGGCCAGCGGUCCAGGCAAAGAGUCCUUUUCGGAGAACACCAAGGCCCCUGCAGCGCCAACCAGAGAGGACAAAGCUGCCAUUGUCAUCCAGUGUGCCUUACGGCGAUAUCUGGCGCGAAAGGAGAUGGCCCGUCGUUGGCAGGAGCGCCAGGAGUACCUGGAUGAGAUGGAGAAGCUGCAGAGAGCGGCCUACCUGGCCUUGGUGCGCCAGGAGCAGGAGGCAGCGCGGAAGCAGCGCGAGAAGGAGGAAGCGGAGGAGCGCGCACGGCGGGAGGAGCUGCAGCGCCGCCGUCGCCUGCUAGAGGCCGCCUUCGAAGGGGACCUGGGCGAGAUCCGCCAGGUGCUCAAGGAGGUGGAGCAGCUGAUGACCAGGGAAGGCGUGGGCUACGACGAGGACGGCAAGGCUCGGCGGCUGCAGAGGCGCGUGGCCACUGUGGAGUGCGAGGACAGCCACGGGAACACGCCUCUAUCCGAGGCGGCGGCGGGCGGGCAGGUCCCGGCCAUCCAGUUGCUGGCGGAGCUGGGUGCUAACCCCAACAGCAAGGUGGGAGUGGUGCGCACGGCGGACCUGGUGGCCUGGUCCCCGCACGUGCUCAGGGAGCCCCUUCUGCAGGGCGCCUUCGGCCGCACGCCACUCUACCGGGCAGCUUUUGGGGGCCACCUGGAAGCCGUGGAGGUGCUUCUGAAGAACGGAGCAGACCCCCGGGUGUACGCGGAUGACGGGAGCACUCCGGAGCAGGUGGCCUCACUGGCCGCGGUGGUCAGCGUGCUGCAGUCAUGGGACCUGAGCCUCACAGAGGCUAUGCUCCAAAACAUGGAGGCAGAGCAGCAACGCCGUGCUCAGGAGGCCCAAAGGCACAAGGAGAAGGAGGCCAAGCGCAUCACUGUCAAGGUGCAGCAGCUGGCUAAGGAGCAGCAGAAGUGUCAAAAGGAGCUCCAGCAGGCCUACUGUGAGCUCAAUCGGAGGAUCAUGGAGCACGACAAGUGUGAGCGGAAGGGCCUGGGCAAGACCGAACUCACACUAGAGGCCAUCAGGGAUGCAGAGACCCAAGUGGACAAGUUGCGGCUAGAGGCGCAGAAGGCUGAGGAGACACUGGCCAUGGCCAGGCUGGAGCUUCGGGAACAGACCCUGGAGGACGAGGAGGUGACAGAACCUGGGUUGAAGUGCCGGAUCGCAGAACUUCAUGACGUGCUGAUGAAGGAUGUAGGCGACCGCAUCCGUGCUGAUGGACGGUGGCCUCUUGUCAUUGACCCUUCUGGACAGGCAGCCACUUUCUUGAGAUACCAGGACACCAACUAUAUGGACACCUUAAAUCCGGAGCACUUGAAACCAGAGAGGAUUCGGCUGGCCCUCCUGGGGGCACUCAGGUACGGGAAGCCACUGGUGUUUGACCUGCGUGAGGUGAACCUGUUCGCAGUGGUACAGCAACAGCUGGAGGAAGUGCAGCCUGGCCUGGCAGAGGCUUUGUUGAAUCGUGGGCUGCUGGCAAAGGAAGGCUAUCUGUCACUGCUUCGGCCAACAGAUGGACCCGAGUACGACCCCUCCCAGUUCCAAGAGGCUCGCCUAGAGAACUUCCGCCUCUUCUUUGUCACCAAAGUUCAGUGGCCACCAGCUGACCAGUUGCAAAUCCUGCUCCCAGUGCGUGUACAGCUGCAAAGUGGAGGAUUCUAGCCAUACCCCAAUAAAGCAUGUGGCCAAGGCA